AGGCAUUUGGAUCAGUCAUGUAUCUUCUUUUUAUUUCAGUCUCCAUUUUGGAUUCUCAGUAUUCCUUCAGAAGAGAUGGCAAGGGGACUAAUGAAACGAACAGUAUGUGCAAAGUCUGUAUUUGAAUUGUGGGGUCAUGGCAGGUCUGCAGGAGAGCUUUAUGCAUCUCUGAAGAGCUAUCCAAUGGACAAGAUGCUUCCGUAUCUACAGUCAGACUCUACAUACAAAGUACAUAUUCAUACAUUUAACAAAACGCUGACCCAAGCAGAGAAAAUAAAAAAGAUAGAUGCUCUAGAAUUUCUGCCAUUCAAUGGAAAAGUGAAUUUAAAGAAUCCAGAACACGUUUUCUGGAUUUUAGAAGAUUAUGGAAUGGACCCUAACAAUGUGCCCGAAGAGCCUCUUCAUCUGUAUUUUGGUAGAUGGAUUGCAGAUGGCCAAAGAGAACUUAUUGAGUCCUACAGCGUAAAAAAGAGACACUUCAUUGGAAAUACUAGCAUGGAUGCCUGCUUGUCUUUCAUUAUGGCAAACCAUGGAAGAGUAAAACCCAAUGAUGUUGUAUUUGAUCCAUUUGUCGGAACAGGUGGCCUUCUUAUCUCCUCAGCACACUUUGGAGCAUAUGUGUGUGGUACCGAUAUAGACUACAACACAAUCCAUGGAUUAGGCAAGGCAACCAGAAAGAACCAGAAAUGGAGGGGGCCAGAUGAAAAUAUCAGAGCUAAUCUCCGGCAGUAUAGUUUAGAGAAAUAUUACCUUGAUGCACUGGUUUCUGAUUCUUCAAAACCAAUAUGGCGAAAGGGGAUGCUGUUUGAUGCCAUCAUUACAGAUCCACCAUAUGGUAUCCGAGAAGCUACUCGCAGGACAGGUUCACAAAAGGAAACAGUUAAGUCAGCUGAAAGAAGCACAGAAAAUCAAAUCUUCAUUUCAUCCAACUAUCAUCUGAGUGACAUCUUUUUUGACCUGUUGAAGUUUGCAGCAGAGUAUCUGGUGAUGGGAGGAAGAUUAGUUUACUGGCUGCCGGUAUACAGGCCUGAAUAUACAGAAGAGAUUAUUCCCCGGCACCCGUGCCUGAAACUUGUUAGUAACUGUGAGCAGAUGCUUUCCAGCCACACAUCGAGGCGCCUGAUAACCAUGGAAAAGGUGAAAGAAUUCAAGGAUCAAGAUCAGAAUUCUUACUCAUUGGAUGGUCAAUACAUGCCGUACAAGGGACACAAUUCUUUUCGUGAGAAGUAUUUCAGUGGUGUGACAAAGAGGAUUGCCAAGGAAGAAAAAGACAACCAAAAGUAAAAUAUAAUGUAAACAGAUUAAAAAAUGAGGAAAGAAUGAAGAUCGUGUUUCUUUGUAAGGACAUCUGGAUGUGAACAUUCAUCUGGAUGCUUCAGAAAAUAAAUACUGCUUUUCAUUUUAAAACAAGAUGAAACCCACAACACAGGUUGAGAGCAGUUCUUUUUAAUUAGCUUUGUUUAUAGCAGAUUUUAUUGUACAAGUUUUUUGAGCCUUAUUUAAUUUAUAUUUGUACUUUCAAGUACUAAUGAUGAUUGACUAAAACGAUUAUUAUUGUUCUUUCACCAUUAACAUUUACAAAAAGUAGUAGUAUUAUUUGGCUUCUUAAACUGUGAACAUCUGGUUGUUUUCGAAACACGUGGUGGUGAUCAAGGAUUUGUUAUUAAGAAGAUCGCUUUCAUUUGUUUUGUUUUUUUGUAAAUGGUAUACAAUAAAAACAGCAAAGCUUGUUGUGA